AUGGAAAAUUCGACCACAAAUAACAAUGCGGGUGUGAGUUCAAAUGAGCGGCCGUUCCCUUCAGGACACAAAAAUAAACGGAUCAAGCGUUCUGCACUGAAACCUCCAGUCUUGACUAUUGAUCUCAGUCUCCAAGAGCGAACAUCAAAGAAACCAGUAAAACUAGACAAUAUUCAGAGUCUGAUCUCCGCUGUGUUGACGGGAUCGCCGGGUCCGGCAUUUGUGCGGCUAGACAACUCGAAAUCCAUAGACAAGGUCGUUGUUGUUCUUGCCGAAUCGCUUAAUUACCACACUUUUGGCCACGAAGACAUCAGCGAUCUGACCACCGAGCUGGACGUUUUGGACUCAACCAAAAUGCCGUUUGUCUCCUCGGAGUUUUCCAAAUUAAUUCCUAUCAUGACUCCUGGUAGCAACAGGUACCUGUUUUCUAUUGCAGCUACGCUUUCGUCACGAACCAUCCAAGCAAAGACCAAACGAGCUCUUGUUGAGGAGCUGAGUUCACAGAAGAUUUGUUACUCUGACUUGGUGCUGGAUUUCCAUACACUAAGCACUAACGAGUACCCGAUCCACCCUGACAUUCCAGGAUGCACGAAAGAGUCCGUUUCGCAGUACUCGAGCUACCUCAGAACCAAGGAUCUGGGAACUAAACCUCGUGCUCUUGCUCUCGACUGUGAGAUGUGUGAUGUUGCUUCGGGGAUAGCACUGACAAGGAUAUCUGUGACCGAUGAAGACGACAACAUUGUAUUCACCGAGUUUGUCAAGCCAGAGGAGGAGAUCAUCGACUAUAAGACGCAAUAUUCGGGUGUUGACGCGAAAUCGCUCGAAAACGUGACAACCACCUUGCAAGAUAUCCAGCAGCGGAUUUUGGAAACCGUUUCCAGCAAAGACUAUCUGAUUGGCCAUUCGUUGAACUCAGACCUCAAAGUACUCAAGAUCUCGCACCCACGAAUCAUAGACACGGCAUUCUGUUUUGAUCAUGCCAAAGGCCCGCCGCUUAAGCCGUCUCUAAAGGUACUGGCGGAGGAGUUCCUCCAAAGAUCCAUCCAAAACUCCGACGAUGGCCACGACCCCACAGAAGACUGCAGAGCCUGUAUGAAUCUGGUGAAGCUCAAGCUCGAAAAGGGUAAAGGACAUGGAAAGCUAAUCUCUGAAGAGUCCAUUUUUAGAAUGCUGUCCCGGACAUACAAAAAGUACAAGGUUGACGACAAGAAAGUGCCAAAGUCAGGCAUGAGCAUCAAUUUUGGAGGCAACGAGUUUUUCAACGAGCAGCGCGUGUAUGUUUCUUCCGACGAGGAGGCGGUGGACGCUUUGCUGAAAAACGUGGAUAACCAUGAACUUUUCUUGAUCCGUUUGCGGGAGGAGGCAGAUCUGGACGCAAACAUCAAAAGAUUGUACCAGGGUCUCCCAACUAACUCGCUGGUGAUUAUCUGUGGUGGCCACGGAGACCAGACUCGAAUCAACGAGCUGCAUGCCUUACAACGUCGAAUUUCAGGACCAUUACCUCCAGAGGACCAUCAGGAACUUCUUGCGCUUGUGGCCAAGGCCCGAAGCUCAAUCGCGCUGCUCAAACUCAAGGCUACCUCUCCCAGUGAGUAG